AUGCCGCAGUGCCAGGACUGGUGCCCAGAAGAUUGCCAGGGCACGGUCACCUACAAGUCUCCCUACACGCCCAUCUUCAACAAGGAGCCGCGAAUUCCACUAUCGCUCGCAGCGCCUGCGCUGGUGUACGCCCGCUUCAGUAUGGAGGCAGUAACCAUCGACGUGAAGUUCGACCGGGCGACCUUGCGUGGUGCCUUGCCACUGGACACCACCAACGACAUCGUGCCCGAUAUCAUCGACUACACCACGCAGCUCACAGGCGAUGCCUGGGACUGUGCGAACACCUUCGAUGAGGACACGGUGGUUCUGCUGGGCCCCUUCCCGGAGACGUCCUGCAAAUGGGCCGCCGAUGACUUGAUCCAGAUUUCCUUGCCGCGGCUCUUCGACAUUCAGGUUGGGGACCAGAUCUUUCUGCAGGCGGACACGAUCUACACGAUCCCGCGGCCCCAGGACAACGAGUACUCCAUGGCGGCGCAAGGCGGCAUCGCAAUCUCCCUGCCGGAUCCCUUGGAGGAGCCUGUGGUGAUUAUCACGGGGACGACUGAGAUCGACGAGUGCAGCCCGCUCCAGCUGUCUGCCAGCGACAGCUACUUCUUGGGUGGGCAGGCCACAUACAGGUGGGAGCUGCUCUCCUACCGAGAUCUCACCAACAACCCGGCCGGACGCAUCUUCAACCAAACGGCGCUGGAUCUCUUCCGCUUCGUGUUGGAGAAUGCCACGAACUUCAACGACGGCCAAGUGGUCUCCCCGCCCAACUACCUGGAGGAGGCGGUCGGCUUCAUGAUCAACCUCACCGUCACCAGCCGAUGGGGUCUCUCGAAGAGCGAGCUCGUCGAAGUGACGAAGCUCGACUUCCCCGCGCCGAUGGUCAGUAUCCUCGGGCCGAAGGAACUUCUCGUGAACCGCACGGAACAAGUGUCUCUACUGGCGAACGGUGUGCCAUCGGAGUGUGCCACGGUCUCCCGUCAGCUUGGCUACCGGUGGUCCGAGACCACGGGGCAGCUGGAUCUCCCGUUCAUGGACGGGAUCGUCUACACAACACGCUCCUUGGUCAUACCACCCUUCGUGCUGGAGCCCGUUGGCAGCGGCAGCGAUUUGAACAUGUACAACUUCACUGUCGAGACCUUCGCAGUCGACAACCCGAGCAAAGCGGCCUACGCAUCGGUGACCGUCAGGGUCCGCCGCUCCCCGGUCUUCGCAGCCUUGGCAACGGAGGAUCGGCUCAUGACGCGCGGAGACAUCUUGGUGCUCGAUGCGCGGCAAUCACAGGACCCGGACUACCCGACGAACCCGGGCAUGACCUUCGUGGGCACCUUCACCUGGUGGUGCCUCACCCCGGGCCGGCUGCCCUGCUUCGGGGCCAACGGCACGGGAUUGAUCCCCCCGUUGGAGACCUGCAUCACGGACUUCGACUCCAGGAUAGUGCAGGGCGGCAUGACCUUCUCACUGCCGCUCUUCGACGACGGUCUCUACUGCAGAUGGGCACGUGGCGUUCUUAUGGUCUCUACAGUGAACUUCACAGAGGGAGAGUACCUCUUCGAGGUGCAGGCUCAGGCCAACGAUGGCCGUCGCUCGAGCAAGGCUGUUCGGAUCACGAUCACCGAGUUGGUGGUUCCCCAGAUCCUGCUGGCUAUCGACAACCCCAUGCCAAAGUUCCCGGUCACAACCGAGAUCAGCAUCUCGGGGACCGUCGAGAGCGAGCUGGAUCCGACUGUGGAGCUCGAGUUCUCGUGGCGGAUACUUGUCUUCUCGUCGAACCCGCUCUACGACGGGGACCUUGCGCGGGAAGCGGAGUCGGAUAAUGACCCGACCACGGUGUACCUCGUCGACAAGAUGGUGUACAUAGACCAAACAGACGUGUACGACGUCACGAAUGCGUCGCGCUUCUUUACCAGGCCGGAUUCUCCGAAUAUGAUCAUCAAGGGCAAUGUGCUACAAGAGGACACCAUUUACAAGGUGCGGCUCGUGAUGACAGUUGGCGGCGGCCUGGUGGAAGGUUUCUCCGAUGUCUCCUUGCAGACAGCGGGGCUGCCACCCAGAUCUGGUACCCUUAUCUCGGCACCGCUCAACGCCACCAUGGACACGAAGAGGGUGAUAUCGGCCCCGGACUGGGUGGCCAACGACCUGCCCCUGAACUACCAAUUUGGCUACAUCCACUACCUGGGUGUGGGCCUGGAUCCAAUCACCGUACGGCUCAACACGGCGCCGCAGCGGGUGCAGCAGAUCGAGGUUGAGGAGCUACCGAUCGGCGAGCCAAGCACUGGCUUCUCAUUGGAAGUUUUCGUGGACGUCAUCACCCCUUUUGGGGCCACCACGACACGGACCAUCCAGGUGUUCUCUUUGCCGCCAAAGAAUGCGACUGCCAUCAUCAACAGAAAGAUGGAAGAAGCCAGAACGUCGGACCCGGAAACGGCUGUGAAUACUCUCAUGACCAUCAUCAACAUCAACCAGGCGCCGCCGUUGCCCCCCGGUGUUGAAGCUGCACCUGAAGAUCAAGCAGUACUUGAGCAGGUUCGCGAGGUGAUGAUCCAGGCCACAGCGGCCGCACCGGUGACCAUGAACACGGCCACGAAUCAGGCCGUCGUGACCAACUCGCUGAUCGACCAGGGCCUGAAGGAUGUUGAGUCCAUGAAUCUCCUCGAGGACCUAGUGCAGAGGUCGGCAGCUGCAGGCCUCUUCGACAUCAACGACCCCUCCUUGAUCACGACCUGCCUGGUCGCCAUUGGCAAUAUCCUUCCUGACGAUGGCGCCCCGACGGCGGCGGCACCAAUUGGCAGGAGCGUCGGCAUGCAAGCGUACAGCAUGGUCAGCCCACUGGAAGAGCUCACUUACGAGUACCAAACCGUGCGUGCCAGUGACGAGGAGCUCAUCGCCAGUCAAGUGCUCAGCACCAUCAACGGCCGCCAGCCGCAGAACCACGCUUUGCCGUUCAGAAAUGAGCGUGUGAUCGACAAGUGCGAGUCGGCCUACUGCGACAUGAUCUGGCUGCUCUGCAUCCACCAGGACGGAAGGAGGACCCUCAAGUUCAUGUGCUGUGAUGCGCCUAAUCCUGCCACCUUCUGCGACAACCCGCCGUGCUGGUUCUUCGGCAACAGGUGUCCCGAUACCGGCGCUGGCAGCUUGGAGUCUCCCUCUGCCUCGGCGGCUGCGCUGGCUGCUUCACGAAGGCUGAAAGCGCUGGAGAACAUGACGGAGCGACACCUCCAGGCAAUCACCACGGCCAUACCGACACCAGCGCCAAUAUCUGGCGCGGGAGCUUUGCUGGUGAACCUGGAGAAUUCCGAAAUUCCGAUCCUGAACGACGUGCGAGUUGCGAUCCAGCGGCAGGAGAUCGAGAAGGAAGCGAAGCUGAGGGCCUCGGCGCAGAUGGAGGCCGAGGGAGCACGGCCUUUCGAAGCUUCGUCAAUCGCAGCCCGAGCCCCGAUGGCCACGGAUGUGGUAGAAGUGGCGGUCGGGGAGUACGUGGAGGCAUACUGGCCGGACGAUGACCAGUGGCUGCCGGCUCACAUAUCUGCGAUCUACGACGACGGAUCGCUGAGCAUUACUUGGGAGGACGGCUCCCUCAGUGAUGUGACCGCGGACUUUAUCCGCAAGCCCGCCACGGAGGAGGAACCUGCGGAAGGCGGGGCAGAUGGUGUUCAAGAGGUGACCGAGGCUCCCGAAAGCGACAUGGACGCGCUCCUCGCGGCUGCAGAAGCCGCGGGCGCCUGCGCCGCGGCGGAGGACUUCGUCGCUGGGUCCCGGCCGCCGAGCGCUUUGUACUGGUCCAACACCCUCAAAGGCGAGGCGCCCAAGGAUGAGGAUGCCGAGGAUGAGCGAAAACGAUACAGGCCCACAGGCCUCAUGAGCUCGGAGGAGGCCCGCAAGCUGGCCUUGGAGGCCAAGAAAGCACGGACCAAGAUCUCCCGAGGAAAGACUCUUCAGAGGAGGCAUGCUGAGUACAACCGGGUCGAAAAUGGAGCCUUGUACGCCUUAGAGCCACCCUUCGAGCGCGCCACGAAGAGGGCUGCAGCCCAGGCAGCAGAGGAGGCUGCAGAGCAAAUGAAGAAGGAGGGCGAGAGGCAAGUUUCCCAGAUCAUCACUCGAGCUGCCGUGCUGCGAGAUACGAUCUGCAAGCAGGUCAUCGUCCAGCUGACGACGGGAGCGCCACCCAUGCGUUUCGUCACCCCGGGCUUCAUCCUGUACAUUGGCCGAACGCGGAACAUGAGCCAGGUCAGCCCUGUCUUCAUCUUCCCGGACAAGUUUGCCGUGCCAGCAACUGCCGGCAAUACGCCCACUCCAGGGAGCAACGUGACGGCCUUCUCGUUCAUCUUCGUGGAGUACAGGAAGAACAUCUAUGGCUGGUCGGAUUCCGCACCCCCAGGCAACCAAACGCGGAUCAUCACACUUCUCGUGAUGAGGGCGAGUACCAUCGAGAUCGAGGUGCGCAACGAGAUUUUCCCCAUCCGCGUUUUCGCAGAUCGGACGCUGUACUCGGCGGGUCUCUGCAUGUACUGGGACCGCUUCGCUGCCGACAGCGCGGGAGGAGCCUGGUCCCCUCAGGGCCUCCUAAAUUCGGGUGACGGCUGCCUGACUACACACCUGUCGGACAUCGGACUCUUUGUGGAUGGAAGAGCCGCACGUGUCGUGGAGGUGGACCGUGCUAUCAGCUACUACAUCGACGAGGUGGUGGACGUUGGCACGAACUUCUCGCAGAUGGCCAUCCUAGGCUUCAUCCUGCUGUUGGGCACCUUCUGCGCGCUGUGGGGCUACAUCCAAGACGAGCUCAUGCGCGAGCAGCUGAAGACGGGCAAGGACAAGUCGGCUGUGCCCUACCACCUGGGCGGCGACGGUGUUGUCUCCCCGCUGACUGUCCUGGAUCCCAUCGCCUACAACUUCACCGACAACAAGAACCUCUUCCUGGCCGUGACCUUUUGGCGGGUGCUCAAGCGAGACCAUGCCCUACUCAGCCCUGUGUUUUAUCACGAGGUUUUCUCGCGGCCUCAGAGGAUCCUGUGCUUAGGCGUGCUGGCCACCGGUGUCAUGGCAGUGAAUGCCGUGAUUUACGGCAACCCGACCUUGGCUGUGUCGGGCGAUCAGUUCAUCGCCAGCGGUGUGUUGUCGGCCUUGCUGGCUUUUCCGCUCUUCAGCGCGGUGACCUUCAUGUUCCAAACGCGGCCUACCCCCGCCAAGAAGCGGCUCGUCAAGAAGGCCGCGAACUUCGACCAGACGGAGGCGAUCUCCAAGGUCCGUCGAGACAUCGAGGAAAAGUCGACACUGGCUCCUCCACCCGGCUACAUGAACCUGCCGGCCCUACCCCCAGCGCCCGGCAGCGUGGUGGGAGGAACGACGCUUUUGGCUCUGCCACCGCCCAUGAUGUCGCUGCCGCCACCGACGAAUGCGCUGAACAGCCAAUUCGGGCUGCCUUCGCCAGGGCCGCCACGCCUGCCCAUGGCACCCUUCGGGGAGUCCCAGCCUGCUCUGCCGGGGCUGCCAGGAAUGCCUGCUCUGCCCGGCUUGCCGCCACUUCCCACGUUGAAGGCCGCCAAUCCAGCACUCGGUGCACUACCACCCCCUCCGAAAUACCCGCAGCCACCUGCGCGCGCUCUUCGCAGCUCUUCUGGGGGCCCCGCAGCCUUGACAGCACCGCCGCCACCGCCGGGCGGACGGACGAUGUCGAACCCCUCCAUCCAGGGUCCUCGAACGGCCGGGCAAGGCUCUGCUCUGCCACCACCACCCUCGGGGACCUUCUCGGACAGAGAGGCCCUUCCGAUGCCCGGCACUGUGACUUCGGAGGCUUUUCAUCAGGCCGCGGCCGAAGAGACCGACGAGGCCGAGGAGGCUGCGGGGACGGCGGUGCGACGAAUUCAGCGGGACCCGAAGCAUGGGAUGGCCCCCGGAGAUCCGCCGCCUCUGCCGCCGUUGUCCGGCCCACCACCUCCGCCGAAGGGCAUGUCGACGCCCACAGGCGGGAUGACGCCGACGGGUGGAAUGACGCCGGUGAACCGGACUCCGGCAGGGUCAGCGUACAACACUCCAAGGACGCCACCACCGCUCUCAGGGAGCACUCCUGGAUCGUACAUGCCACCGGCCGUGCCGAAGGAUCUGCCCCCAAUGCCGUUGCAGCCAAUGGGGGUGACGAGGGGAGUCGUCCAUCGGGGAGAGCCGGCCAAGUUUCUGCCGGUUCCGUUCAAGGGGCCUCCUGGAGCUCCGCCUGUGGGUCCGCCGAUACCGAAGGGGUUGCCGGGCCUGUCGGGCAAGGCUCUUCCGGGCGGCGUGCCGCCGCCUCCACCACCCCCGCCGCCUCCGCCCCGGGAAGACGACCCAACCUUCGUCCGGCGUGUACGCCUGGCGUACAUCGACCGGGCAGCGAAGUCCCAUGCGCAGCAGCUCCAGGAUGAGGCACAGGACGUUGGCUGGGUGGCGCCGGAGUGGGUCUACCAGGUGACGCUGAUGUCACCUUACAUUGCCUCAGCAACGUCGAUCGCGUGUCAGGUGGUCCUCAACCUGACCUACAGCACCAAGUUUCAGCGAGUUGAGGAGCAGCAUUGGGCCUAUGCCUGCAUCAUCGGCGUGUGCCUCGCCUUGUUCGUCUUGGAGGUUAUCCGAGGCGCUGUGACGACGGUGGUCGAGCUGCGCAAGUUCGAGAUUCGCCGGCGGCUGGUGGGCGGCGAUUUCCUCCAGAGCCGCAUUCGGAAGAACGACGUGGGCCUGAAGAUGCGGAAAGCCCCGGCGAAGAAGCCGGCGCUUCCUCUGGCGCCGCCCAG